AUGAAAUUCCUCGCAGUAUAUUUUGCUGUCAUCUGUAUAGUUUUCACUGUUUAUUCAGUAAAUGGAGAAAAACAUCAGCCUGAUGCCACGCCUGCAAAAAAACCACUUCCUAAACGACAACUUACAGGAAACCAUGUGCCAGAAUACGACGAUCAAUUUCCAGAUUUCCCACGAACUCCAGAAGAAGCACUGACCGAGAUUUUUAAUUCUCCACCUAUAAUUCCACUAUGGAUAGUAAAUCCUCUUUAUUAUGUAUUCGAGGUUGUUACAAGAGGAAUAGCGUAUUUGAUAAACCCUUAUUGA